AUGGACCGCGAUAUGGAUUCGCUGCAGACUCACUUUCCUAUACGGAGUUUCUUCCGAGAACACGCUAUCAGAGUCACGUCGAUCGAUGCUCGGGUUUUCCCAAGUCCCGCGAGUCUAUGCCUACGGGCCCAGAGCCUACUGGUUGGCCACGAGAAAUUCGUCCAGGGCAAAGACAAGGAAGAUGCAGCCGCAAGCUGGGGAGAUUUCGUACGUUUUAAUCAGUGCGAACAUCUCAGAUGUAUCCCUCGCGAAUUCAUGGACUUUGGAAUGGAGGCGCCAGAUGGCCUCGUGAAAAAUCGACAGAUUCCCGAGUCGCUGGAAAGAAAGUUUGUGGCCACCUGCAAGCGAUGCCAGAAUUACUACCAAUUUGAGGUCCGCAGAUUCAGCGGUGAAUAUCUGGCUUUUAUCAGCACCAAAUACAUGGACUUGGGGUCAGGCGACGGCUCAGACGGAUAUGUAACGGCUAUAUCUCGGGCUUCUGAGGAUUCGAAACCAAGCAGAGAUUUCCCAGAUCCCAGAGUACGGCUUAAGAAUUGUCCAGACGAUGGAAUCAAGAAGAGACUGUCCGAGGAGGAGUCUAUGCUCCGGAACGUCGGCCUUGUCACGGAGCAGAAGUACCAGGAUGAGUUGACGCGACUGACUCCAGAAAGCGGGAUCUGGUUCGAGAGAUCUGAACCAUCUUAG